AAAAUUUCUUAGACCCUCCAAAUCAUUUUUUUUCUUUAAAGAUUUCACCAAUCAUAUUUCUCUUCUUCUUAUCUUGAUCAUACGCCAUUAUAUUGUUUUUGCUCUUUGCUUUGGAUAUUUAUAUUCUUUCUUUGUUUUCUUGAUUUAUGGACAAAGCUGGAUGGGGACUUACCCUUGAAAAUAUUUCUGAUCAUCAAGUUGGGUUCUUCAAGAACAAGGCAGUUUUUGGUUUUAACUUAAGUCCUACGUUGAAUAACGUGAAUAUGAACCCUAGGGAGGAGCAAGCUUUUUUUUCAUCAGCUGAUGAGAAAAGGGUGAUGUUAAAUGAAGUUGAUUUCUUCUCUGAUAAGAGGAUCAAGCCUAUGGAUCUUGUUAUAAAGAAGGAAGAUUCUCAUGGUGAAAAUACUACGAGUGCGAGGUCUGAAUUGUUUGUAAAUACUGGUUUGCAACUUGUGAGUGUGAACACUGGUAGUGAUCAAUCAACGGUGGAUGAUGGGAUUUCAUCAGAGAUAGAAGAUAAAAGAGCCAAAAUUGAGUUAGUACAAUUGCAAGUUGAACUCAGAAGAAUGAACGCUGAAAAUCAGCGUUUGAGAGGGAUGCUUACUCAGGUCAGCAACAAUUAUACUGCACUUCAGAUGCAUCUUGUCACACUCAUGCAACAACAACAGAUUUCAAGAACUGAAAAUGACCACGAGAUUGUGGAAGCAAAGCCUGAAGAAAAAGAUGGAAAUAUGGUUCGAAGACAAUUCUUAGAGUUAGGUCCAAGUGAGCACAUGGACGAGCCAUAUUCUCUUAAAUCCCAUUAUUCUUCAUCAGAAGAAAGAACAGUUUCUGAAUCACCUCGGAACAAGGGUAUUGGUAGAGAAGAAACUCCAGAAUCUGAAAGUAACAAGGUCCCCAAAUUGAAUUCCUCAUACCCAAUUGAUCAAGCAACAGAGGCAACCAUGAGGAAGGCUCGUGUUUCUGUUCGUGCCCGAUCAGAAGCUCCCAUGAUUAGCGACGGAUGCCAGUGGAGAAAAUAUGGACAAAAGAUGGCGAAAGGCAAUCCAUGUCCCCGAGCUUAUUAUCGAUGCACCAUGGCUGUAGGUUGUCCAGUGCGCAAACAGGUGCAAAGGUGUGCUGAGGACAGGACAAUUUUGAUUAAAACUUAUGAAGGAACACAUAACCACCCCCUACCACCAGCAGCCAUGGCUAUGGCAUCAACAACAUCAGCUGCUGCCAAUAUGCUGCUUUCAGGUUCCAUGCCAAGUGCAGACGGAUUAAUGAACCCGAAUUUCAUAGCGCGGACAAUUCUUCCGUGUUCGCCAAGCGUGGCAACUAUUUCAGCAUCAGCACCGUUUCCAACUAUAACAUUGGACCUAACUCAGAACCAAAAUUCAGUAUCGCCUUAUCAUCAAAGAACUCAUCCAACUGCUCAAUUUCAAGUUCCUUUUCCAAUAGGCCCCCAUAAUCCAAAUUUUAUUACUUCAAUGCCACCACCACCAAUGCCACAGGGUUUACAUAACCAAUCAAAGUUUUCAGGCCUACAAGUUUCUCAAGACAUUCAUCGUCAACCUCCACAACAUGCACUCAACCAACCAUCAUUUUCUGACACACUUAAUGCUGCCACGGCGGCCAUCACAGCGGAUCCCAACUUCACGGCCGCUCUGGCCGCAGCCAUCUCGUCCAUAAUUACUGGUUCUCAAAAAGAACAGUAGUAGUUGUGAUAUCCUUGUAAAACAGUUAAUUACUACUCUAAUAGUUUCUUCAUUGGUUUUCCCUUUUCUGAUCUCCGAGGCUAUUUUGGGCUGAAACUUGAGGUUAAAUAUACAUGUUCAUAUCUUUUUGUUUGACGUUGUGUUCGUAUCCGGAGGGAAAGGGGUUUUAGGAGACGAAUGAUAUAUAUUUUCAUUCUUUCAUUUUGUUACCUUCAUAAUAUUCUGGUUUUGUAUUUAGGUAUGUACAUGAAACGAAGCAGUAUAUUAGUCGUUGCUUAAUCACUUCCCUUUUUUCAA